AGCAUGCCUUGCGGCAAGCAGCGUGAUUUAGCUCUUUAGCUCGCCGACUAUCAUAAACAAAGAAGGUUUUCUUUAGCUCGCCGACUAUCAUAAACAAAGAAGGUUUUCUUUAGCUCGCCGACUAUCAUAAACAAAGAAGGUUUUCUUUAGCUCGCCGACUAUUCUAAAACAAAGAAUGUUUUCGAUGAUUGUAAAGAUGUGUUUGUUGACUGGCAGCAUGUGAGAGUCGUAGGAGUGCUGAAAUGACCACAUUGACUUCCUUCCUCCCGUGUCGUAAACAUAUGAGCAGUGUCACAAUGUGCUGACUGAGCUCAGAGCAGCACAAGAAGUUUGAAAGAUGAAGAAAUGUGUCAUCUGCUGCUUGAUACUCGUCUUUAUUUGCUCUUUCCACGUCUUUGCCUUCACAAGUCACAUGUUCAGAAGACAUGGAGGCUUUUCUCUCUCCUCUCACUUCAACUAUGACACUUUCUACUUGGACCAAAAGAUCGAUCAUUUUGGCUUCCAGGAAGACGGCACGUUCAAACAGCGCUACCUCGUGGCCGACAAGCACUGGCGUCAACCGGGCGGUCCCAUUUUGUUUUACACCGGCAACGAGGGCGACAUCUCCUGGUUCUGCAACAACACUGGCUUCAUGUGGGACGUGGCUGAGGAGAUGCAGGCCAUGUUGGUGUUUGCAGAACAUCGCUACUACGGACAAUCCAUGCCCUUUGGACCGGACUCUUACCGAGACAGCAAACAUCUCAACUACCUGACCUCAGAACAGGCCCUGGCAGAUUUCGCUGUACUGAUCCAGAACCUGAAGUCCAGCAGGCCCGGGGCCCAACACAGCCCGGUCAUCGCCAUCGGAGGUUCUUAUGGAGGCAUGCUGGCCGCCUGGUUGAGGAUGAAAUAUCCUCACGUGGUGGUGGGGGCCUUGGCCUCCUCUGCUCCAAUAUGGCAGUUCUCUGGCAUGGUUCCUUGUGGAAACUUCUACUCAAUAGUCACUCAGGACUUUGCUCAAAGUGGACCAAACUGUCACACCAACAUCCGAGCCUCAUGGAAGGCCAUGGAUCGCAUCUUCUCCACUGCGUGGGGUCCCCAGUGGCUGUCGGAGGAGUUGAGCUUGUGUGCGCCACUCAAGAGCCAGAAGGACUUGGCAGACUUGAAGAGUUGGCUGCAGGAGACCUGGGUCAACCUGGCCAUGGUGGACUAUCCUUACAAAGCCGACUUCCUGCAGCCGCUGCCUCCUUGGCCCAUUCAGGCCGUGUGCAAGCAUCUGCGCCUGGAUUCCACCGCCUCCGACCAGCAGCUGCUGCACGCCGUCUCCCAGGCGGCCAAGGUCUACUACAACUCCACAGGAAGUUCCCCCUGCCUCAACACCUCUCAGACAGCCACCGGCAGCCUGGGCGAGCUGGGCUGGAACUACCAGGCCUGCACCGAGAUGGUGAUGCCCAUGUGCGCCGACGGGGUCCACGACAUGUUCCAGGCCGAGGAGUGGGACUUCCAGGCUUUCUCUGACGAGUGUCACGCCACAUUUGGCGUGCGGCCGCGAGCCGACUGGGCCGCCAGCGUUUACGGGGGGAAGGACAUCGCCUCGCACAGCAACAUCAUCUUCAGCAACGGCGGCCUGGACCCGUGGUCUUCAGGCGGAGUGACCUUCAACGUGUCCGACUCUCUGGUGUCCAUCAUGAUCCCUGAGGGCGCUCACCACCUGGACCUGCGCCACGCCAACCACCUGGACCCACCCUCCGUGUGCACCGCCCGGGUGUUGGAGCUGGGAUACUUCUGGAGGUGGAUCCAAGAGGCCAAAGCACAUCCACCUCUGGCGCCUGAGUCCUUGAGCAAAGAUCAAAGUAGCGGAAGCGCGUCUUUGAGCGCCUUGAAACUCUGCCGGCAACAUGGCGGCCCCUUUCAGUUCACUUCCUGCCAAGACUCCCCGCCGAGGCCCGGUCAAAGUCCGGCCGGCUCUCUCCUGGCACUCGCUGGCUCUUCCAUUCAGCAUCUCUUCCAGUCAAACGGCCUCUUCAUGAUUUUACUGCGGGGCUGUGAGGUGCACUUUAAUGAAUCUGUGCAACAAAGACUCUUUUCAGCGCGGCGGCGGGAGAAAGGGGGCUAUUUAGACCCUGUAGGGCUUUUUGUCAGAGGCAGCCCAUAAU